AUGGAUGAGGAAGUUGCUUUCGCCAUUGCAGCGAGGGACGCCAACGGCAACACGGAGCAUCUGACGAUCCUUGUCGCCCUCUUGGACAUGAUCUUCGUGGGGUAUAAGCCAAGGAUUGGUGGUUCUACUCCGGGGCACCGCAAGAAAAAGACAUUGAGAAAGCUACAGCAACUCCACAGACCACUAAACCACUAUGUCCUCCUCUACGUCGGCCAGUGGAAGGGCCGAAGGCAACCAACCAAAGAGACAUCGGUGGUGGUUGCCCUCUCCAACCCUCACUACUCCCCAAAUGCCAUUACGGCGCGGGUGGGAGGAGCGGGCGAUAGUGGAUGGUGGUUCACUGGAGUGUAUGGCCCACAAAGCGACCCCGACAAAGUGCUCUUCCUUCAGAAGCUUAGGGACAUUAGAGAUCUCCACCCUGGCCCGUGGGCGGUGGCAGGGGAUUUCAACCUCAUCGUGGAUGCUCAGGAUAAGAGCAAUGCUAACCUCAACCGCCGCAUGAUGGGCAAGUUUCGUAGGCUACUUGGCGAUUUGGAGCUCAAGGAGCUAUACCUCAACGGGAGGCGCUACACGUGGUCUAAUGAGAGGGAGCGCGCGACCCUGGAGAGGUUAGAUCGGGUCUUCUCCACUGUGGACUGGGAGGCUGCUUUCCCUUCCUCCACCCUCUCGGCGCUGAGCUCUUCCACCUCAGACCACUGCCCGCUCCUGUUGAACUUGGUGGCGGAUUUGCCUACGGGCAAGCGCUUCCGCUUCGAGGCCUUCUGGCCCAAGGCGGAGGGUUUCCGGGAGAUUGUGGAGGCGGCGUGGGCAUCGACGACCGUGGAGGCCAACCCUUUCAAGCGUUUGGCCGCCAAGCUGUCCGCGACCGCCAAGGCCUUGACUAGCUGGAACGACCGCUUCAUCGGUAAUGUCAGGCUACAGAUUCUGGUGGCGAACGAGUUGAUCCUGCGACUGGAGGGCAAGGCCAAGGUGGCGGACGCCUUCUAUGAGCAAUUACUUGGCUCCUCCCCUGAUCGCGGUUUCUCCCUCGACCUCGAUUACUUGGGCAUGCAGUCGCACGACCUUGUGGAGUUGGACGCUCCCUUCUCGGAGGAGGAGGUGUGGAACAUGGUCAAGGCUCAGGAGCCUGACAAGGCGCCCGGGCCUGAUGGCUUCACUGGCCGAUUCUACACGUCAUGUUGGGAGAUCAUCAAGCAUGAUGCGUUGAUCACGCUGCUCCCCAAGCACGCCGAGGCGGUGGAGGUUAAAGACUUCAGGCCGAUCAGCCUCAUUCACAGUGUGGCCAAGUUAUUGGCGAAGGUCCUCUCGGUGCGCCUGGCGCCACGUAUACCGCAGCUCAUCGGGCCUCACCAAAGCGCGUUCAUCAGAGGUAGAUGCCUGCACGACAACUUCCAGUUGGUCCAGUGCACGGCGAGGCGGCUGAACGCCCUCAAAUCACCGGCCUUGAUGUUCAAGUUGGAUAUCACCAAGGCCUUUGACACUGUGGAUUGGGCCUUUCUCCUUCAGAUUAUGAUCAAGCUGGGGUUUGGCCCACGUUGGACUGCGAUGGUGGUGGGGUUACUUAGCAAGGCUUCUACCAGGGUCCUGGUGAAUGGUGCCGCGGGUGACUUGAUCUACAACAGGCGUGGACUGCGGCAAGGGGAUCCCCUCUCCCCCCUGCUCUUCGAUUCGAGGGCGGAUUUGCUGGCCUGUGCAGCGGUGGUGGAGGACUUCAGGGAGGCCUCGGGCCUCCGCACCAACCGAACCAAGUGCUCCCUCCACCCUAUUCGUUGCACCGUGGAAGAAGUGGAGUUGGCUCAGUCGGUUUUGCAGUGCUCGGCUCUCAGGAAGAUUUGCCGGGGCUUCAUGUGGAAGGCUAGGGCGGACGUGAGUGGCGGCCACUGCCUGGUGGCCUGGGGCAAGGUGACCUCUCCUAAAUCCUAUGGGGGUCUGGGCCUUCUCAACCUUCAGUUCCUCAACCUGGCGCUACGUUGCCGGUGGGCGUGGCUACAGAGAGUGGAUGCGACCAAGGCUUGGGCGGAGUUUGAUCUCAAGGUUCCUCCCCUAGCCCGGGCCCUCUUCGAUUCCGCCACGGCGGUGGUGGUUGGCAACGGGGCAAGAGCUUUAUUCUGGAAGGAUCGCUGGCUGCAGGGCGCUAGGGUGGCGGACCACGCACCCAAUUUUGCGGCUUUGGUUCCGACCCGGAAGGCCAAGGCUCACUCGGUCAAGGAUGGCCUCACCGGGGAGUGGCUGCGCGAUUGUGGGCCGAACCUAAGUCCUGCAGCGGUGGCGGAGUUCUUCCACCUAUGGGGCAUCCUCGCUGGUGUCACCCUGGACCCGGAGCGAGAGGACUCCUUCGUGUGGCGGUGGUCGGCGGACCGGAUUUUCUCCGCGAGGUCGGCUUACGCGGCCUUCUUUGCGGGUACUACGGUGGCGCCGGUUGCUUCGGAGAUUUGUCGCUCGAGGGCGCCAUACAGCUGCAAGUUCUUUGCUUCGCUGGUGUCCCGUAACAGAUGUUGGACGGCAGAUAGGCUCCAGAGGCGUGGCCUGCCGCGGCCGGCGGCCUGCCCCCUCUGCGACCAGGAGCAGGAGACGCUCCAACACCUCCUGCUUGGUUGCGUGGUCGCCCGUGAGGUCUGGGCGUGGGCGUUGACGCGGUGGAACAUGUUGGAGUGGAUGCCUGGUGCGGGCUCUCAGAUAGUGCACUGGUGGACCUUGCUUCAUUGCCCCAGUGCCGUGCGCAGGGACUUGUGGACGGCGGUCAUCCUUGUUUUCUGGUGUAUCUGGAGGCAUAGGAAUGACGUGGUGUUCAAUGGAACCACCCCGGCGGUGGAGACCAUUCGGCAUAGGAUUACGGAGGAGUUUCAGAGGUGGCGUGUAGCUAGGCUUUUCCGCUCGGAGUCCUUCGGAUUUCCCGAGCCUUUUCCUUUUUCGUGGCGGGACGGAGAUUAG